AUAAUUGGUACUUUCUCCUCUCCAUUUUAACACGUGCUCUACCCAAAAUAGCUCCGAUGUGUAGAAAAUGCCAGUUGCCACCAAAAAGAAAAUUCGAUCUCUCAGAACAGCGAGUUUGUUCUUUUUAUAAAUCAUUGAAGGUGUUGCAAAGCGUCUAAUUUUGAUCUUGUAAAAACAUCGAUUCCGUUUGAAGGUGGACGUUAAAUUCUGAAUUUCUUUUAAGUUACGAUGGAACUUCAUGAUCUUCUGCCACAAUGUUUGGCAAUGAUCAUCACAGUGAUGCUAAUUGCUAGAAUCAGCUCUUGCCUCGAUACUGCAGGAUUAAGUGAAGUCCAUGCACCUUAUCUUGAUAACUAUGUUGCAAAAUCCUAUUUUAGUAAACAUGACAAUUUGAUAGAUUCGAAGUUUGAAGAUUUCAUUGCACAUGACAUACUGUCCAGUGGAUGUAUAUCGCUGCAAGGCAAUGUCGAAUUUCCCCCAAAGCUGACUUUUUUACAUAGAAAGUUGAUUGGUGAAGGCUCCCAUCGACGUCUAUCAUCAUCUCUCAGAUUGAAAAUGUCAUCGGAGUCCUUUUCCAGGUCUUCAAAAUCGUUUGAGGUGAUAAUUGUUGAACGACUGCCUUCUGGAGUCUUUGCAGAUCCUUUUGAGCUGCAACACCUUGUGCAGCGUGGUGUUUUCACCGAUGCUACUGUAUUUGGAGAUACAAAUUUAGAGUUGCCCUCAUUUCUGUCAAACCGAUCGCUUGUUGAGGUUCAUCUGGAAGUGAAUUCCAAUUUAACAACUCAAUGGAAGCAUGAACUGGAACUAAACAUGGAACUUCCUCUACAUUCUCGGUAUCAGCCACUAGGACAUGGAUUCUCAAGAGUUGAAUUUGCUUCUCCUGACUUGUUUCUGAGAUGCAAUGUUGAAGGAAAACAACAUGACACGAGUUGUUUGUUUGCGCUAGACGAGCAGAAU